AUGGUAAAAUUGACAACUGGCAUUAUACUUUUACUUCUCAUCACAUUUACUGUUGUGUUGACAGAAUGUGUACAAGUAAAUUUAAUAGACUCUAAUCCGACUCUUCAAAGAUAUCUUUUGAGAGGAGAUUCACCAGUGAUUGGACUAAACUUGGACAUGAAAACUCUCCAAACAGCAAUUCAAGCAGAAAUCAAGAGUAAAACCAAUCAAAACGUAGAUGACUUUUAUUUGGUCGAUAUUUCAGUGUUAAAAGUUGAUUCUGUUGUUCAAGAAGAAGCAUACUUCGCCAUGCAUUCCAAAGAAGGUGAAUUUAUUCAUUGGCCACUUGUUGGAAAUCCAGCAAAUAUUUCAGGACUUCCAGAAUGGUUACAAGCAAGUUUAGUUGUAGAAGGUCAAGGUGUUUGGAAUUUGGAAGAUCAACUUAUUGGAAGAGUUGACCAAUUAACACAUUGGGUUCACAACAAGACCUCAAUCAAUAAUUUAAAAUCACAUCAUCAAUCAAAUAUUGUUUUCUUUAUUCAUGAUGAUAAUGGAGUUGAUCAAACUGGUGAAAUUAGUGGAGCUUAUUAUUUGGCUAAUUUUGGAUGGACUUGGAGUAAGACUUUGCUUUACAAUUCAUUGAUUCAUAAGAAGUAUCAACCAAUGCCAAAGUGGAAUAUUAAUGAAAUGAAUUGGUAUUGUUUCUAUUUGUAUUUCAAUAAUAAGGGACCAGAUACUUGUAAUUAUUAA